UAGAUUUUUCUAUUCACUUAGCUUGUCAGAAUAAAAACAAAUGUGUCAAAUUAAAUUUCUUCAAAGCAGAAUUGCAUGUUGCUAACAAGCAGAUGCCAGCUCCGACAAACACUUCCUACGAAUCGUGGCUUUUUCGUUCUUUUGUUAAUCAAAUGUCAUCCCAACAUUCGACAACUGCGCUAUCAUGGCGAAAACUGUAUUUAAGCAGAGCAAAACUGAAAGCUUCAAGCCGGACGUCGGCGCUUUUGUCAGGAUUUGCAAUGGUCGCUCUUGUUGAGAUUACUAUUGACGAGGAUAUACCUGGACUUCUGUUGAUCCUCUUUAGUAUCUGUACCACACUUCUUGUAUCUGUUCAUCUUCUAGCUCUUAUGAUCAGUACAUGUAUAUUACCACACAUAGAGGCAGUAUCAAAUGUACACAAUGUCAAUGCAGUCAAGGAAUCUCCUCAUGAAAAGAUGCAAGGGUUUAUUCAGAUGGCCUGGGCGUUUUCUACUGGACUCGGGAUAAUUCUUUUUCUCGCAGAAAUCACAAUAAUUUGUUGGCUACAGUUCCUGUCUGUCAAUAAAGAUGCUGCCAUUGCUUCAACAGCGAUAGUAGUACCUGUUCUUAUAAUAUUUUUACUUUUUGCUGCAUUUUUCUACAGACGAUUGAUAAGUCAUAAAUACGAGAGAUCGUAUAGAGAUUUAGAAGAUCUUCAACAGAUUGCGGAGGAACUGCAAAAUAAUUCUCAACUAGAAAAUCUGAACAGUACGCAACAGCCACAGACUGUGUAAUAAAAAGUUUUAUUUUAUGUUUUUAUUUUCAACAUAUUAUUUAUUGUUAUCUUGUACCAUUUUUAAAUAUAUUUCAACUUGAAUACUGUAAGAAAAUUUUAUAACAUGUGAUAUCACAUAAUUAUGGACCUAUGUACGUGAGUUGUUAGGGUCUAAGCUGCAGUUUUGAUUUUUCUGCUUCUUUUUUAAAACUUUAUUCAUUAUUCAUCAAAAAUUUAUAUAAACUAUGAGGUUGAUACAUAAGGGGGCAUUAUUUAUUUUCGGUCUGUUUAUGAUGUUUUGGAAAUUUUUAUGAUAAAAAAAAAAUUCUCAAAAAUCUGAUAAAUUCAAUUUUUUAUUCAUUACUUUGCUAAAGAUUUCAUUUAGCUUAAAUAAGACAAUGUUUAUUUAAUCUUUAUCUGUGUUUAAUAUUUUGAGUAUUCAUGAUAAUUCUCCACGUCCAAACACUCCCUAAAACCAACACCCCCAUCCCACUCUUAUAAAUGCUCCAUUGACUUUUUCACUUAAAACUUUUCAUAGACAUUUUAAAUAAAAUAAAUAGACAGUGCUCAGUUUAUAUCAAAAUUAAUCCAUCAAAUAAUAGAAAACAUGCACACCUUGUAUGACAUGUACUUAUUUAACCAACAAGUUUAAUAUUUAUAACAUACUUUGAAUCAGUCUUUAAAGGCCCAUUAUGCCAAGGAAAUGCUUA